GGAGGAUAGUGUGACAGUCUGGCUGGAUACCUACCCAAUCUUGUGCGUAAAAGCUUUUUUGAAAAGACAUUUGGAUGCCCCGAAGUAGGUUUUUGAACAAUAAGAAUAAGCUUGAAGUGAUCACAGACGGAAACCAUCGUGUCUGAGGAAAACACGACUUCUUAUCGGUGCAAGAUCGUUGAUCUUUGACUCUAUUUUUUUACGCGUGACUCCCAGAAGUUUUCUCGAUGAGAGCGUCGCACGGCCCCGCUUGACCAGACUCGGACUCCGAGGACACGCCAAAUCCACAGAGAGGAAGGGUGUGUGCGCGCUCUCGCUCUGUAGCCUCACCGGACGAGAGCAGGAGGAAAUCUGGGAGAGAGGAGGAAGACAAGCGGCAACUCCAAGGAUGACUUUAGGGACGGAUAUGUCCGACAGCUCUGCAUUGUCCGAGGAUGUGGACAUUGAUGUGGUUGGUGGUGACAUAUCGGUUGGAAAAGACGGAAAGUACAUCCACCAUGACUUCAACUUCGACAAUGACUCGGACGAUAAUUACUCCCAGAACACGGCCGAGAGGGUUGCCUCUCCAGGGCUCAGCAGCUCUGACUGCCCGUCAGAUCAGGUCGGGUCCAAUGCAGAGACCGGGACUGCGAUUGGGGACAAACCCAGAAAAAGUGCACUUGUGAAACCACCGUACUCUUACAUCGCUCUGAUCACCAUGGCCAUCCUGCAGAGCCCCAAGAAACGUCUCACUCUGAGUGAGAUCUGCGAGUUUAUUAGCAAUAGAUUUCCCUACUACCGGGAAAAAUUCCCUGCGUGGCAAAACUCCAUUCGUCACAACCUUUCCCUAAACGACUGCUUUGUGAAAAUCCCACGGGAGCCCGGCAACCCCGGGAAGGGCAACUACUGGACUCUCGACCCGGAUUCCGCAGACAUGUUCGACAACGGGAGCUUCUUGCGCAGGCGGAAGCGCUUCAAGAGGCACCAAAAUAAUGAUAUCCUCAGGGACUCCGGUGGCUUUCUACCAGGAUUUGGAUAUGCGCCGUAUGGAUACAACUAUGGACUUCAGCUGCAGAACUUCCACGCAGCCCACAACCCUUACCACCCACACCACACAGGUGGUUCCUUCCCGUUCCCUAACGCCCCCUGCACCUUGCCCUCAUCAGCCUCCAUAUUCCCCGCGCCGCAUCAUCUGCCCUCCCUUUUAGGGACCGAUUUAAGAAAGCCUUUUUAUCCUCAGCUAAGCCCCUCUCUGCCACCCCUCAAGACGGACUCCAGCGCCCCGAGUCGACCUUCGUUCUCCAUUGAUAAUAUCAUUGGUGCAGCCAACUCCACCGCUUCUUCCUACAGCGCACAGCCGGGUAGCCAGGCUCAGAUUCUGGCCAUGCUGACCCCAGCACUGGCCUCUGCCUCAAGUCAUUUGAACUUAUCACAGGAGAGCAUAUUACAACCUGGGCCGCAGAGUCAAACUUUUUCCAGUAAAACCCCGAAUAUGAACACUUGCCCUUUUUAAGAAAUAGGAGAAAAAGAAAAGACUGCCAGAAUGCCCUCUGAAUAUUUUUCAUGAAAAAAAAAAUCAAUUGUGGCGUCGUCCUCUGUGAAGGUAGGGUAAACAUUCUUCGUGAAGUAAGAAUGUUUCUUGUUCUCCCAGUUUCUUAACAGUGUACGAGGAGAGACAGGUUUAUUUAUAGGGUGUAAAUAUGUGUAUAAUAUUGAGAGACAAAAGCAAGAGAAACUCGGAGAGAGAGCUUUUUAAAUAAUGCUGGCCUGCAGUGUGGCAUGUGGCCUUCAGUUGUCAGUGGAGGGAAAAAAAGGAGUCUGUUAUUUUAACAUAAGUUAAAUUUGUCCUAAGUGGUUACGGGGAUUAUUUUUGAUUUUAUUUUUCCAAAAUACAAUUGAGAAUUUUAUUCUGAUUUAUAUUGUUUUUUAUUUUUAUUUUGUGUCUAUAGAAAAAGUGGCACUGUUGUUGAGAUAUGCUGACAAGAGACUGUAAACUCAGGUUUUUACUUAGAAAGCACACGGAGACAAAGGGGUGUUUCUGAAAUUUAAAAAAAUAACACUACAAUUUUUCCACUAUCACUCCCCCUGAAUCUUCUCUACAUGGUAAAUUUGUGACAAUAUCAUUUCAUGUUGUCAGUGGACCCUUAGGCUAUGUGACUUUUGGUAUUAAAGAGCGUAUUACCUCUCUCAACCUUUUAAUUGUUCGUUCCUACCUAUUCGCAAUUUAAUCUGUGAAGCAUACAGUAUGUCAUGUGUUGCCAAUAGAAAAACACCUAAAUGUUCAUAGGUCAUUUUUGUUGUAAUGACAAGAAUAAUAAAUGUUUGUGACUUAAAGAAAUGUUUUUUUUAUUGCAUGGGAAGAUGACCUUCAAGCAGACUCGACGCCAUAGACUGAACAAUAACGAAUUGCAUUCAUGUUAUAUUUGCAACAAUUUUUUAAACUGAAAACUAAAUGUCGUUGAUUUCAUUGCAUUUAAGCUACUUUUAUUUAUUUAUUUAUAAUGACACUUACAGUCCAUAUCCUGCCCACCUGAAUAACCCACAGUUUUAACGAUGUUUGUAUCAGUCGUUCAAUUCCUAAAUGUGACUAAUUCAGGUGUUGAUUUGACCAAUUAAAGCAAUUUGGCGUCCUGGGCAUGCAGUCCGCUAAAUUAAGACUAAUUUAAGCUGUGAGAAACGAAACCCACAAAAUUCGGUUUUAAAUGUUUCAAACACGGCUCGACGUUUAUAACACUCACGAAUAUCACGCAACAGUGGGCAUGCAUUCCCCUUGUGUGGCUCUUGCUCGCUUGUAAAGGACCAUUUUCUAGCGAGUUACAAAGGCUUUAAAUGAAUGGGAACAUUAGCGGGCCUCGGCGGUCUGUAAUUGAAAGUGAACAAGGAUAUACCCACGGUCUUUUGGGCUUUCGUUGCUAAUUUGUAGCAGCAUUUUUCACCAGGCUCCUAAUCCACCAUAAUGCGGCUUUUUGGCCGUUUGUUGAUGUUGUCAGUGUGGACCCCUGGCCCAGGGGAGUGAAUGUGCGCACAGCGAGCGGUCCCCUGUGAGACCAGCCACAUGCAUUUGGACCCUGAAAAGCAAUCUUCUCAAAAGGCCCUCGGUUUGCUCGGCUUUCAUGUCAUCUGUGUUGUCUCGGGAUACGUUCAAAAGAAACAGUGGGACAAGUCCGGCUACAGAAAACAGGCCUAUUGGUCUUUUUCAGAGUUGUUGGAGCACAUGUUUCCAGACAGAAGCUGGUGUAAAGCCUCUUUUAUUUACCAGAUCUGUGCGCAAAUGGUUAAAUUAGUUUGUGGGUGUUUUGACAGAUGAUUAUUAAGGAUGAAGGGUGGGAGGGCUGACUCCUGUGUUUUCCCCUCAGCACAGCUCACUGAAAGUCUUUGAAACGAAAACCAACACAUGACUACUUUCUUUACUCAGAAGCAGCCUUUAUUUCAUUUCUAUUUCUUCUCCUCUCCUUGUUAGCUAAAAUUGGACAACUAAUAAAAGUCGCAUACAGCUUUUGGGAAAUCAUUAUGAUUAGCGCCUCUCCCGGUAUAUCCACAGUGUUAAUUGAUAUCCUCUAUGUAUAAUUUGCAGAGUAAAUGAGGUGGAAAAAACAUUAGCGCACUAUUGAGAGUUUUCUCCGCACGCCCACGCUGAUAGGGAGUCAUUAUGCGCCGCAUCAGACCAUUAAAAUCCACAUCAAGCGUGUGCAGAGGUGGUUAAACGGUUAAAUAACGACAGGAACGAAAACGAAGCCAAUAAAAAUCGCGAGACUUUUAAUGCAAGCUACAGAUCCGCCACGGGGAGGUUCAUGCAGAGGGAAAGAGCUUUGAAAACGGACCAUUUGAGACUGAACUAAUUUGUAUGGAUUUUCAGCUCGAAUGCGCACUGACCAUCCAAGCUCCAUCUCUGCUGUAAGAUUAAAGGCUUGUGACCAGAAUAGAAGUGGAACUUGCUCUUCCUCAAACCACUGCGAGCAACGAGCACAAACACAAAGAUAUCAGGGGCGCAUCUUUAAAAACACUCUUUAAUUUGUCAUGCAAGUCCCACGCAGCAUGUAAUCACUGCAUGCACACUGAUAGCUUAAUGCUUCAUAAAGUUCUUUGGCGCUGUUGUCACUCCGAGACCACCCGUGCUUUCAGCACCAGACUGCGACUUGAUCCCGACACCACAACGACAUUCGUCAUUUUCGUGACGUUUUCCCUCAAACGAAAUAACUGAGUGCUAUGUGAAGUGACAGCCAAAUGACUCAACAGUCACCAUAAACACAUUUUAGUUUUCGGGGCAAUUCCAGUCUCUUUCUAACCGCUUCCAUAUGCCCCUGCUUGGGCGUAUAAGCAGCCUUAAACCCGCUAAAAUUUAUUUAUAGGCUUUAGAUGUCAACAUACAUUUAGAACUAUUUUCAUUUCAUUCUAAAUAUUUGUUCCCUUUAGGCUCUUCAAGUCCUCGGGAA